AUGGGUUCACGCCUCGAGAAGAACUCCUCGCAAGUGAGAAAACGAAUUGAGGGACACAGCUUCGAAGACGAGGAGGGCGAAGAAUAUGAGCCCAGCAAAUUCGGGGGCUUCGGCGACUACUUCCGCAGAAAGAAGAUCAAGCUUCAGAACCUCGAUGCGAACCUGCGCGCGGCCUCAUCGGAUAAGCCGCAACUCUUCAAGGGGAUCGUCGCCCACGUGUCAGGUUACACGCAGCCCUCCUUGAGCGUACUUCACCGUGAGCUCGUUCAGCAUGGCGCCGGCUUCCUUCAGUACCUCGACGGGAAGACCAUGGCGACGCACAUUGUCGCCUCUACGCUUCCGCCUAAAAAGGCCGUCGAGUUCAGCCGCUACAGGAUUGUGAAGCCGGCGUGGGUCAUGGACUCGAUCAAAAGCCGGCAAGCUCCUUCCCUGGACCGACUAUCGGUCUUGGAUGAUGGACCAAAGCAGAAGAUUAUGAAUUUUAGCGCGGCAGCUUUCUCAGCCAGCGACGCCUAG